GUUAAUCAAUUCCGAAUCCGUAGCAAACAUUGUGCUGAAUGUAAUUUGAGAACGAGCUGCCAUUGCAAGUGAUAGCAGUGAUACAGAGAAAGGGAGAAAAACGGAAAAAAGGCCAAUGUGAGGAUCAUUGAUGAAACGGCCACAGGUUGUAAAUUAAAAAAACCAACGAUGUUGUUGUUCCUUGAGUUGCUACUCAUUCAAGGAGCUGUUUCACUUUCUUGUGAUUUUGAGAAAGAUUUUUGCGGAUGGCAACACCCUAGGAAUGCCACGGAUACAUGGAUAUUGACGUCAGGAAAUACUGCUAACUACACUGCCUGCCUUCAUCAGAGACGUAUCUUCAAGGGCGUCCCGUCCAAACCGGUGACCAAGCAGCUAAUUUACCCGAACUUCACGGGUAGUGGAGACCUAGUACUCUCCUACUACUCCUUCCAUUACAAUGAUGGCAAAAUUGGGCUGAGAGUGAUUGUGGGAGAUACCGUGCUGCUCUCUGAAGUCAAGACAGAAGAUUUUAGCUUUGAUUCGUUGUAUUGGAAAACGGCGCGAAUACGGAUCAAUGCUUAUCAGAAACAGGUCGUCAUUGAGGGGCUGAUUAUGAACAAUCAGUUAACAGGAAUUGUGAUUGACAACAUCAAGUUCUACGAGAAAAAUGCCUCCUUUUGCCCACAACUUUCGGCCCCGUUGAAUGGCACGAUGAACUGUACACAUGCCAGCACUGCUGUAGGCACCGUGUGUGUCUUUGCCUGUGUCGGAAGUCGGCGAGUCGUUGGAUCCACGGAAAGGCACUGUUUGCCGACCGGUGAAUGGUCGGGAAUCCGCCCUAUAUGUCAAGCGGCGUUCAGGCUAAGCGGGGGCUACUCCCACAUGGAUGGCGACGUUGAGAUACAACUGGACGGUCGAUGGGGAAAGAUUUGCCUUACCUAUUAUUGGUCCUGGAGAAGGGUGGCCCAAGUAGCUUGUCGAUCCCUUGGUUACGAGGGGGAGGCGCACAUGAGAUUGUCUCCAUGGCAACAGCCACCAUAUGACAGCUGGAUGUCCCUCACUUCCUGUGAUGGUAGCGAGAGAUCGCUUACUGAGUGUUCAGUGACAUUUGGCCGAUACGCCUGUGACCCAAUCACAACAUUGGCAGUGAUUUGCGGCAAGACACAAUGUCCUGCAAACUGCUCUUGUUCUCCACCAAGUGAUGACGAUCCUAGAGAUAGUAUCACAUGUAGGAAGCACGAUAUUCAACCGGAGGAACCAAUACUUAUCCACCAUUCUGCAAAGUUUUUAUUCAUGUAUGGAGUAGAUUUCAUUGUGUUCAGAGGGAUAAUAGACCAUCCAGCGAAUCUAAACCGACAGUUACAGCUUAGUAUCCUGGAGUUGGCUGAUGCUGGUAUAACUCGAAUUUCGAAGGGCACUUUUUCUACACUCGAGAGCUUGAAUGUUUUACGACUACCCUGGAACAAGAUUGAAUCACUGUCGAGUAUUGAAGAUGGUGCCUUUUGGGAACAAGGAUAUGGGCUUGAACUAAACCUCGGUUACAAUAACAUAAGAAACGUGACAGUUGCUGACAUGAAAGGAAAAGAAUUGUUUUCUCGAUUAGAACUGAAUGAUAACAAGAUUUCGUACAUCGAGGGUGGUGCGUUUAACGUGUGUGUUCAGUUGAAAGCAUUGAACCUAUCUACCAACAACAUUAGACGACUCAUGCCAUAUACACUGCCAAACUCACUAAUUUCAAUUGAUCUCAGAAGUAACGUUUUGGAGGAGGUUUUGUAUGAUGUCUUUGGAAGUCUUAGAAAUACUUAUAUUUCCAUAGUGUUAUAUAACAACAGUGUGUCCAUGAUAGAACCAGGGGCCUUAGAUUUAAGCUUCUAUUCACUGGACCUGGCGGCGAACAAUCUAACGGACAUCUCAACUUUACGUCCAAAGAUGAAUUCCGAUCUUUUUUCGUUGCUCCUCGGACAAAACAAAGUUGCAAAGUUUUCGCGAGACUUCUUGGUCGGCAGAAAUUUCCUGAAGUUUCUGGACAUAAGUGACAUCUCGCUGGGUUACAUCGAGCGUGACCUUUUCAAAGACCUCACAAAGCUUCUUAUGCUCAACGCCGUUAGAGCUAACAUUCAGUACAUCGAUGACUUUGCUUUUGAGAAAGCAAGAGAUCUUGUUUACAUAUUUCUGGACAAUAACCUCUUGACAAGAAUCUCCAGGAACACAUUUGUUGGUCCACGAUGGCUGUUUACUCUAAAUCUAGCAAACAAUCCCAUUGAGGUAAUAGAAGAAGGUGCCUUUGCGACCCUGCACGAUCUUCAAGUUCUGUACCUCGUCGGCUCCAAGGUUCAAGUGAUUGACGUGGGAACAUUCUCCUCGCGCUCUCUUACCAUCGCCCUUUUUGCUGGUAACAAUCUGCCCGGUGUAGAAGGUGAAUCUACGACUCGGCAUAUUCUCCGCGCUUCUGGUUAUGACUGCCCAACCGGGGCUGGCUCGUGGGAAACGUGUUAUCCCUGUUCUCAGGGUCAGUACAAAAUCGACGGCUCCUACUUAGAAAAGUGCACGGACUGCUCACCAGGUGGAUUUUACCAAGAUGUCAUAGCACACAUUGGGGAGCUUUCUCAUGGGAUGGGCUGCAAACAGUGCCCGCCGGGAACCUUUGUCAGCCCCGCCCAGAGCCCGGGACGAGUUGAGGGCGACUGCUCAGCUUGUCCAGAUGGAACUGAUCUAAAGAAGUUCGCGGGUUUCCGCGCCUGCCCUUGCCUACCGGGGUACUUUCGCCUCGAUCGAUUUGGAUUGUGUAAGCCCUGUCCAUACGGGUACAACUGCUCCAACGAAUCAGUGAACCUGAUGCCUGGCUUUUACUGGACCUGGUACCAUCCAGACCAUAUCCAGGAAUACCAGACAUUUGCUAGGAGGCUUAAGGAAGAAAGCCGUUUCCGCGAAAGUGAUUGGGACUCGCUCAACGGUUCACUUCCUGUUGCUUACCUCUGUCCCUUUACUAGCUCAUGUCGGGGCGAUUUCAAUGCGACUUGUUCCCAUAGUUACGAGGGUGUGCUGUGCGGUGCAUGCAGUCGAGGCUAUUACCGGAUGUUCUCCGGCUGCAACAAAUGUCCUUCGACACCGCUGGUCAUCACUCAGUUCGUGGGCGUCUUCCUCGUUCUCGCUCUCAUCGCCGUUGUGGUCAUACUCAACUGGAAGAAAUCACGUGCCGAUAAGCGCUCGCUGACCGAUCAACUGUUCGGUAGCCUGAAGAUCGUGAUCGGAUUCUAUCAGAUUCUAAGUGGAACUCUGAACGCGUACUCGUAUAUUCAGUGGCCCGAUGAGCUCUUGACGAUCAUGAAGUACGCCGAUGUGCUGCAGUUGAACAUCUUCACCGUCGCGCCCACCGAGUGCAUCAGUGAUAAGCUGAAGGUGGAUCCGUACUCGGGUCUGCUGGGGUACGUCCUGAUGGACUGCGCCGUCAUCUUCACAGCCUUCUUCUACUACAACGUCCGAAAGAUGUCGCUCUCAAGAAGAUGUCACCGUGACGCGAAGGACACGCUCUUCGACUGCAAAGCCAACUGCUAUCAAGCUGUGUUCCUUUUUCUGUUUAUCACUUACCCUGCUACCUGCACCAAGAUCUUUCAAGCACUUCCGGCCGGAUGUCAGGAGGUCUGUGAUAACACAGGUGCCUGUAAGUCGUACUUCCGGUCGGAUUACGCAGUGGAGUGUUUCAGUGAGCAGUACAACAAGUUCGUGUACUUCGUGUACGCGUCUUUGAUCAUCCCAAUGCUGUUCCCUGUGGUUUGCGCCUAUUUGUUGUGGCAACACUGCAGCGAGAAACACCACACCGGCACGUUCGCAAGUCUGAAGAGGAGAAUUAGCAAAAUGAGAAAGAAGUCCAGGAGCAUUGAUAUUACAAGCCUGAAGGAGACACAUAGAGAAGACAGAGCCAUUGAUAUUACCAGCCUGAAGGAGACACAGAGAGAAGACAGAGCCAUUGAUAUGACCAGCCUGAAGGAGACACAUAGAGAAGACAGAGCAAUUGAUAUGACCAGCCUGAAGGAGACACAGAGAGAAGACAGAGCCAUUGAUAUUACCAGCCUGAAGGAGACACAUAGAGAAGACAGAGCAAUUGAUAUGACCAGCCUGAAGGAGACACAGAGAGAAGACAGAGCCAUUGAUAUUACCAGCCUGAAGGAGACCCAGAGAGAAGACAGAGCCAUUGAUAUUACCAGCCUGAAGGAGACACAGAGAGAAGACAGAGCCAUUGAUAUUACCAGCCUGAAGGAGACCCAGAGAGAAGACAGAGCCAUUGAUAUUACCAGCCUGAAGGAGACACAGAGAGAAGACAGAGCCAUUGAUAUGACCAGCCUGAAGGAGACCCAGAGAGAAGACAGAGCCAUUGAUAUUACCAGCCUGAAGGAGACACAGAGAGAAGACAGAGCCAUUGAUAUUACCAGCCUGAAGGAGACACAUAGAGAAGACAGAGCAAUUGAUAUGACCAGCCUGAAGGAGACACAGAGAGAAGACAGAGCCAUUGAUAUUACCAGCCUGAAGGAGACCCAGAGAGAAGACAGAGCCAUUGAUAUGACCAGCCUGAAGGAGACCCAGAGAGAAGACAGAGCCAUUGAUAUUACCAGCCUGAAGGAGACCCAGAGAGAAGACAGAGCAAUUGAUAUGACCAGCCUGAAGGAGACACAGAGAGAAGACAGAGCAAUUGAUAUGACCAGCCUGAAGGAGACCCAGAGAGAAGACAGAGCCAUUGAUAUUACCAGCCUGAAGGAGACACAUAGAGAAGACAGGAGCAUUGCACCGAGAGAAGAUGCUAUCACAAAAGGGCUUCGCUUCAUGUACGAGAACUACACCAACGACUGCUGGUACUGGGAGAUCAUCGAGCUACUGCGGAAGGUCAUCUUGACAUCCCUACUGGCCUACUACGGUCAAGAUAAUCCCUUUUACCUCGGCACCUCUGCCGUACUGUCCGGUCUCUACGCCGUGUUCUUCGCCAAUCAGAAGCCAAUUCCGUACGUGUUUGAGUACUGGCUGCACCUCGGAUCGCUAGUGGCGGUGAUGGCCACCCAGCUGAUAGGUAUGGUCCUGCGAAUUCCUGGCGAGGAUGUAUCCGUGGACCAGGGAGCGGACCAACUUGGUAUCACCAUUCUGCUGCUGUUCUCGAAUGUGUUCGUCAUUGUGAUGAUUGUAGUUCGCUACAUGUACAGCAUCUGGCUGGGUCUAAAGGUCGUCCGAGCCAACCCGCAGUGCAGCAUGGGAUGCUUGAUGAACGUGUUGCAAAUUGUAACACAGGGAGAGGAGCAGACUCGGGGCGCGGAGGAGGACGGGAUACCAUGACACCCCAUCGGAGGGGGGUGGGGGGUGUUGGGAGGACUCCCAAAAUAAAGACUUAGGUGGUUGUCGGCAAGAUCCAUUUAAAAGACCUUUGAAUUUGGUCAACAGAAAUUCUUACCCCUCAGAGAUAGCGGAUUAUUAGUUGUGGUCAAAGCAGUUUCUAACUCAAAGCAGUAAAAGUAAACACAUAUUUCCAGUUUUCCUUAAGACACCAUCGCCACAUCGAGCACCAUCGCACUUUGCGACUACAUUCAUGUCCAGUUGUUAUUAGGAUGUGUUAUUGCAGAAGCGAAAGUUUUAUUACCCUAAAAGAUAGGACGAUAACCCUCAUCUACCUGCAUGAAGAUUCCCCCCCCCCCCCCCCCCCCCGGGUCAAAACCAUGCUAGCUAAGGGAUCAUCAUUUUAUACUAAACGAAGUAGUAUGAUUAUAAAUUUGAGUAGCGCUUAAAAGGGUAUUCAUCGAUCAGAGUGGACCUGAACUUUUCAUGACGUACCCCACUCUAGGCUCGAUUUCCUCGGUUUCUUUGAGCCCAAAAUCCGGGCGUAGGAGAACAUAGUUAAACGAGUGAGACCAACUAUAAGGAUACCCAGCAACGACAGCCUUGUUGAGCUGAGCUACCUUACCGAUUUCAUCUUCAUCUAUGAAGUAUUUUCAAAUACAAUGUACCUUUAAUUUAACAAGGGAUAAGACGCUAAUAAUGCAAUUUUCAUUUUCUCUGAAACGGUAUAGAAAGUUUUUAACAGCUAGUGGUAAAAAACUUCUUGGAAUGAAGUCAAUCAUUUUAAUCACAUGCACUUUGUUAUCUUCUAGUAACAUUGUUAACCAUUAGCAACAUAUUGUUAAUAGUAUUAUGUAAGUCGCGGCAGCCCAGUCACUUUGUACUCGUUUGCCAAUUGGCUGAAGCCUUAACCAAUCGUAAAGGCUCCCAUGGCGGUCAGUUUGUCAGCAUACCCAAGGGUUUGCCGACUUAGUAGCUCAUAAAAUAAGAGGGGUUGUGAUACAAGCCCCAUUUCAAUAUUGAAUACAGAUUGUCAACGCGCAAAUAAACCUAUGGUUUCAUCACCA